AUGUGGCGCGCGAGGCGGGAGGCGAUCGCGUUGGCGGCGAGGUGCGCGCAACUAGCGCGGGAGCGCGGGGUAUCGUCGUCGUCCUCGUCACACGCGCGAUGGAGCUUCGGGAAGAAGAGCGGCAAGCAUCGACGAGGGCCCCCGACGACGAGCGCGAUGGGCGGCGGUUCGCGCACCGCGUUGCAGUUUGAGGAGGAGGCGCACCGGCUCGCGUCGGGCGACGGCGUCGUCUUCUUCAAGGACAAGAUCACGCAGAUCACGCAGGGUGCGGUCGACGUCUCCCUGCCGGGCAGGGACGACGCCUACUACAACGCCCCGGGCGACUACGCGGGCGUCGCCAUCCGAUCCUCGCUCCGUUGGCCGAUGCCGAUGGACGAUCUCGCCAAGCUCAACCCGAAGCUGGCGCUCGCCAUGGGCCAGUCCAGGCAGCAGGUGGCCAACGCGAACAGAGGACGCGAAGCCUUGAACCCCAUGGGCAACCCCAACACGAAAAGGCUGUCCGCUGACGACGCACCGCCCGCGACGGACCCGCGGGUGAUGGACGGCGACGAGCUGGCCAUCGUCAAGAUGCUGGAGGAGGACAGGCUCGAGGCGAUGCGGAAGGAGGCGUUCGCGCUCGUGGAGGGCCGCGAGCGACGCCGUCGUGAGACCGAACGCGACAACGCCCCGAAGCCCGAACGCCGCGAACGGACGGUGGGCGCGCGGGAGAAGGCGUCACAGCUGGCGGCGGAACGCGCGCGCGUCGACCGAAAGCUCGAAGCGCUGGAGCGCAAGAAGAAGGAGCUUCGACUGGCGGAGGAGUGGGAGUCGCACAAGGCGGCGGGGGAAGCGCACAAGAUUCUCCCAAAGCCGGGUUCCGCCCCGGGCGCCACUCCAGCCGUGUACGAGCACCUCAAGCGGCACAUGCUCGACAGGAGCAACGAGAAACUCGCGGCGACGCAGACCAACGCGGCUCUGACGGAAACGGCGCUCGCGAGGCUCAGCAUGGCGGACCUGCGCCGCGCGUGUCAGAUCGUGGGCCUCCCCACCGUCGGCCAGAAGAAGACGCUGACGCAGAUGCUUCACGCGCACUUCAAGCAGGCGGAGCAUCACUUCGCGAGGGCCUUCAUCGAGGCGCAAAAAGAGUUGGACAAGGACGUUCGGCGAUUGAAGCGUCAGGCUCGCUCGCACGCGAGGGCCGCGGCGGCGGAGGAGCGGGCGGAACGCGCGGCGGUCGAACGCGCGACGCGGGCGCGGGCGCCGACCGCGGGUGCCGUGCGGCGGCGGGGCCGGCCGCCCAAGCCGGAGCUGGAGGAAGAGAGGGCGCGUAAGGCUGCGAAGGCGGCGGCGGAGGCGGAGUCGCUGGGCCUCGCGCUCGGAACUCUCGAGUACGCCGCCGCCGACGACGACGACGAGGAGAAUGAGGAGGAGGACGAGGACGAGGAGGGUGCCGAAGGUGCCGAGGAGUUGACGGACGCGCGCGAUGCUCCGGCUUCGAGCGCGGGUGAACCGACGACGGAGAAUGAGGGGGACGACGACGACGCGCGUCCGAACCCGAGCACGGGUCGCAUGAACUACGUCGAGGCGUUCGACCCGGAGGAGCUGGUGCGAAUACUGCUCAAGGCUAAGGGCGCCGACGUGGUGGUCAUCCCGGUCAAAGAGAAGUGCAACUGGACCGAUCACUUCGUCGUGGGUACCGCCAAGUCCCCGCGGCACAUACGCAUGCUCGCGGGCGCGGUGCUGCACGCGGUGAAGAAGCGCACCAGGUUCAUCGUCGGCAACAAGCUGCAGCCCGCCAUCGAGGGCGCGGACGCCGGCGACGGGGAGACCCCGGGCGACGACCACUGGAUGCUCGUGGACUGCGGGUCGUGCGUCGUGCACGUCUUUUCGCCGGAGGCGAGGCGACGGUUCGACCUGGAGGGGUUGUGGGCGCCCGGCGUCCCGCUGGAGCGACGCAACGCGGAGGGUGGGGCACUCACCAUCGACACAAUCACCGCCGACGUUGACGACGACGACGACGACGACGAGGACAUCGAGAUUGACCUGGACGACAUGCCCGGCACGCUGGACGAUUACGAGGAUGCGUACCUGGAGCCACCGUCGUGGGAGAGGAGCAUCACGGACGAGGAACAGGAGAGGGUGAGGCGGCGAGGCGCCUCGAGGAGGAACUCCGGGUUCGGCGCCGCCGGCGUGAAUUUGGACUGA